AUGAAAUCGGGGAAAUCCCCGUCGGAAUGGGCUCAAACCCUGAAGGGAUCGUUUGAGAAAGGACAAGGAUCGUUUGAGAAAGGACAAGAGCAUUUCUUCCGAUGGCUCGGCGCUGUCAUCGGUCGAUCUCCAUUUAUCAUUCUUUUCCUCUCUUUUCUAGUCACGGGUCUUUUAUCUUCGGGUUUAUUUUAUUUUGAAGAAACGUCAAACGUUCGCGAGGCUUAUUCUCCACAAGAUUCUCCAUCAAGAAAAGAAUAUGAGGUGUCCAGAAAAUUCUUGAAUCAGAAUGGUACUCUUGAUCCAUCGUACAUCAUGAUUGAAGCUCGAGAUCACGAUAAUUUACUCAAGCCCGAAUACAGAGAAAGAUUACAAGAGCUGGUCAAAGUUCUCCAAAAUAAUGUCUCGAUUGAAUAUCAUGGAGCCGAAUGGUUUUAUCGAGAUCUUUGUGAGCCGUAUUGUGAGCUGAACACGGCAUUGUUGGCUUUUCUCAGGCUUUACGAUCCGUCGAAUCCAUCCACGUACACCUAUCCUAAUAUCGAGAUUUUCGGGAGUCAAGCGUUUAUUGGCAAUAAUGUCUACAAUUUGAAAUUGAGCGAUUCGGGCUUGAUCGAGUCAUUCUCAACAGCUAUUCUCCCAUUCUAUCUCGUUUCGCAUCAUGAGGAUGAAAAAGUCAUCUACAAUUGGCUCAUUGAGGCGAGGAAAGCCUUUGAACAGCCACAAUUCGCUAUAUUUGAGUGUGGAAUCACUGGAGAUUUACUAAUUUCGGCUGAGGUUCGGCGAAUGGGGCUCGAAACAGCUCCACUCAUCGUCGGAUCGGUGGCAGCAAUGAUCGCCUUCGUUGUCGCGAGCAGUUUCAGAAGAGAUCCAUCUCGAUCGAAGCCAUGGGAAUCAUUGUGCGGCUGUUUGAUCCCGUUGCUCUCUCUACUCGCCGCCGCUGGAAUCAUGUGCUUCUUUGAGAUGAAAUUCCAAUCGAUCAUGGUCGCCUCUCUAUUUCUCGUGCUCUCUGUUGGUGUUGAUGAUGUGUUCAUUAUAUUACGAGCCUGGGAUCGCACGUCAAUAGAUGAUCCAAUUCCUGAUCGUAUGGCGAUCACCCUGGAAGAGGCUGGCGCGAGUAUUACGAUCAGUUCAAUAACGAAUGUGAUGGCGUUUGUGAUCGGUAUGACUUCAUCAACUCCGGCGGUUAAAGCUUUCUCUUUGUUCAGUGCUGUCUCGAUCACUGUUUGUUAUUUCUACAUUCUCAUCAUGUUCUCUGCAGUUUUGGCCUGGUCGGGAAGGCGGGAGAAAUCGGGAAAGCAGGCUGUUCUUUGUUGCUUGAAGGCAAAUCGACAGGCUCGUUCACAACUUGUUGAAGAAGUGGUCGCUAUACAAGUUCGAGUAAUUCGGUGGUGGGCAAAAACGUGUCUCACUUGGACAUGCAGAAUAGUGCUGUUGAUUUUGAUGGCUUUGUACUACUAUCUCUCGGCGGUGGGAAUUCAACGAGUGGAAACGUUGAUCUCACUCGAAAAGAUGACUCUACCCGAUUCAUAUGUACAGAACUUUCAAAAGCACUUUGAAGACGCAAUGCGAAGCAUGCAACCGAUUUCAGUUUUCGUUAAAAAUCCCGGUGAUCUUCGAGAUCCGAAAAGAUUGGAAACUGUCAAGAAAAUUGUUGAUGAAUUCGAGACUACAGUAAACUCGUAUGGGCCAAAUUCGACGUUCUUUUGGAUUCGACAAUAUGAGGAUUUUUUGGAGUACUACGUCGACAGCGAUGAUGAGGAGGGAAAUGUGAAACCGAAGUUCACCUACACCGAGAUCCCCACUUUCUUCCAGUCAGCCACCUAUUUCUAUUUGGAAACUUUUGUCAAAUUCAACUCCACCGCUUGUGAUGAUGAUUUACCCGAUUGCAUCUCCGAGUUCUUCUUUAUGACCAAUUUCGCCGGGGUGAUCAAAUAUCACGAGUUGAUUCCGGCAGUGAAAGCGUGGAGAGCGAUCGCCGAGAAAUAUCCCGACUUUGGGGUUUUCCUUUCUCCGAUCAUUCCCCAUUUGUCGAUCAGACAAUGGUUAUCGACUCAACAGUUUGGUCCUCGGUGGGCGCUUCUCUUUUGUCUGGAUCCUUUGUCGAUGGCCGCUCUUUUGAUGGCUAUUGGUUUCUCGGUUGAUUACACAGCCCAUAUGUGCUAUCACUAUUACAAAGCAAAACCGCUAAAUGCUGUGGACAAAGUCGAGGAAGCGCUAACAACAAUUGGAUGGCCACUAAUGCAGGUCGGAUUGUCGACUUUGGUUGCGCUGGCUCCACUUGUUUUCAAGCAAUCCUAUUUGGCGAUUGUUUUCCUGAAAACUAUCACCGUUGUCGUGGUUCUCGGAAUGUGGCAUGGAUUGGUUGUCUUACCCGUUAUCCUUGCAGCCCUGACCAAGAAAAAUGAUGCUCCAACCCCUUCGAGUAGUGAUUCGAGUGAGCGCUCCUCCCAAAGAUCUCAUGAACGAAAGGAGAGUAUCUAUAGAACCCAGGCCCUAAUAAAUCGAUUGCACAAAGAAUUCGGCAAAGGAGCAAAAGUUGGGUCGAUCAAUGAACCACCAGCGCUUUCACCGGAAAAAGCCUGUGAAAAACCAGCUUUUACUCAUAGGAUAGCUUUAGGAAGAACCAAAUCAUUGGAGAUCAUUGAUCAAGCAGUCGCUCAACAACCACUUCCAACCAUCAGCCGAAAUUUC